UGAGCAAUCCCCAAACACAAAGGCGGAGCCUGGCGCCUUCUGGAUCCGUCCUUUAAAAGACCGUCCCUCUUCUGUUCGCUUUCAGAGGGCGCUUGUAAAUAGCCCGAGUGCCGAUCUGGAUCCAGCAACGUUGCAGUGUUGCCCCGCGGUUUGGAAGGAGGAAGGGAUCGCGCUUCUCUUCAGCGGGGGGGGGUUGUUCACUUCCCCAAACACGAUGGGCGGCGGAGACGUCCCCUCCUCCUCGGUCGAAGGGUGGACUGCAAAAGUGGACUCAAGCAAUAUGAAAGAAACAACAAAGGCAUGAAAGGUGGUGGUUCCUGCUGAGGAAACAGGCCAGCUCAGUAGCUGCUAUGAAGUGCACAGAGUCUUCAGAGAGUGAGAAUUUUGCCUUUGUAUUGGACCAUGCUCUAGCCAGGGAGGCAAAGAUUUGGAAGGUGCCAGUCUUCCAAGAUUUCACACUAAAGGGCACGGACAUACCUCCAGUUUAUUAUGAGAAAGCCAUUUUGUGGAUUGGAGAAUUAAGUUCACUGUUUCAGUUUUGCGCUGGAACGUUUGCCUUGGCUACCAGCAUUUUUAACCGGUUAUUGGCAUCAGUGAAGGCACAGUUGAAAUACCUCCAAUGCAUUGUGAUUGCUUGCCUGGUUCUUGCAGCAAAAAUCAAUGAAGAAGAUGAGAUAAUACCAUCAGUAAAGAAGCUUGUGGCGCAGAGUGGUUAUAAAUGUUCUCCAGCUGAGAUUUUGAGGAUGGAAAGAAUUGUACUUGAUAAACUUCACUGGGAUCUUUACACAGCAACAUCAGUGGAUUUUUUAAACAUUUUCCAUGCCAUGGUGAUGUCCAAAUGGGCCCAUCUACUACAUGGGCUACCUCAGAGGAAUCCUUCCCGCCAUGCCGCAUUCUUGACCAAACAGCUGCAGCACUGUAUGGCGUGCCACCAACUGCUGCAGUUUAAGGGUUCCACAUUGGCUUUGGUGAUCAUCACCUUAGAGUUGGAGAGGCUGACACCUGAUUGGUUUCCUGUGAUAACUGAUCUGCUAAAAAAAGCACAGAUUGACAGCACUCAAUUCAUCCACUGUAAAGAGCUUGUUGACCAGCACCUCCUGUCUUUCCAUCCGUCCAAUGCCAUCUACAUUUUCAACCCUGCAAGCCAAAGCAUUCAGUCCCGCCUGGAUGAAAGGCUACCCUGCUGUUAUUCCACAGUGAAGAAAGCAAUGCAGAUUAACCUACAAGCCAGAGGAAGCUGGGCAGCCCCAGCAGUUUUCACACCUCUCCAAGCUAGCAGUUAUGAAGAUGACAUGGAAACAGAUGAAUUCUAUGAUGGAUUCAAGUACUUGUACAACGAAGAUGGGACCGCAGAAGCUGGGCAAAGCAGCAGUGGACACCUAAGACAAGACAAAAGUAGCAGUAUCUGUCCCCCAUUAGAACCUGCCCCUAAGAUUGACUAAUUGGGGUGGGGUGGGGGUGCUAGGUAUGACCAAAGGGCCAGCCAGUACCCAAAGCUAUUUCUAGUAUAUCAAAGGUUGUUAAGCUGUAAAUAGAAAGCACUGCCCAUGUUGGACUCCCAACUCCCAACCUUUUAAAUGUCUUCUUACAAAACUAAACACUUGAUUGGGGGGUGGGGGGUUUGAUGUAGUCACAAUAUAAAGUCUACACAAUAAUCUAUGCAAUAUACAGUUGAAAGAAAAAAAUCUCAGGGAUCAACAAUUAGCAGCUUGGACCAUAUAUUCUAAGAAAUACAAAUAGAGCCUGGCUUCAAGGUUGAGGGACAGUUUUCUAAUCUCCCUUCCGAUUGCACAACUUCAGGGUUUGUCCUUAUUUGGAUAUUAGCUCUUCUCUCCUGCACUGUAAACUUAAGAUGCUAAACAAAGCUGCCCUUAAACAGAAAGCAAUGGCCAGCCUGGGCUUGCAAACAACUUUGGCUGGCCAUUGCUUUAUUUAGCAUUUUAAUGGUGCACUUCAUGUCAAAAACCAUUUUUAAAUGUGCAAAAUGGUGCCAAAUAUAUCAAGAACAUAUUGAAAGACUGCAUGGUACCCACAUAGAACUAAUUAUGUGUUUAUACAUUACUGUAAAUGCCAAAGGCAAAGUUUGCUAUGGGGUUCAAAAACCUGUUUUGAAUAUAGUGUAUUUGCCUACUCAGCUACCCACUUGCUAGGACCCAAUGCACACAGUAAUCUGAAGCACUUUUUUUGUGCCUGUUGAUUUUGUGAAUAGACUGAGACACAUCAGUGACAAUGUUGGAAUGUGUCAGGGAAGUGGAAGCAGUAGUAUGAAACCAAUCCCAAAGCUGUGAAGGCCGUGCUUAGUGCUAAAGGCAGAACAAACUUGAAAGAAGAGCCUUGGCAGCAAAUAAACUAGGAUCCCAGCAAUUUAAAAUCACCAUAUAUUAGACUACAGAAUCUUUUCAUAAUGCUCUUCACAUAUUUAGAAGUCUAAUUUUAAAGCAAUAUUAGCUGUUGAUGUAGCAAAAGGAAGCUUUUUGUUUAUAGGAUCAAAAGCAGCAACCUCUUGUCAAACUGAUUUGACUAUUUUUUAUACAGGUGAGUUUUUUCUUUCUUAAAUGGGAGGGGUAUUUUAUGAUUUUUUAUUAUUAUUAAAUAAAAUGCACUGCAUUUUUCUA